AUGGUUGACAAGGAGCAGAAGAUGGUGGUUGUGAUAGAUGUGAUAACCCCAGCUGAGAGUAACAUCAGGAAGAAGGAGUGUGAGAAGGCUAAGAAGACCCUGGAGGAACCUGAAGGAACAACCCGUCCAGAUGUGGAAAUGGAAGUCUUAAGUGAUCCUAAUGCUGAUUGGAGCAAGUCUGAAUUUGAGCUUGUGCAACUGACACAUAGUUUGUGCUCAUGGAAACAGAUGCAGAAGUUUGUGAGGGCGGCCAAGCACGGCACCAAAGACGGCCUGGAGAAGACCAAAGCGGCGGUGAAGAAGGGGAAGUCCUUCAUACGAACCAAGUCUUUCGGUCACGAGAGGAAGUCAUCAUGUUUUGAGGAAGAGCCAUCAGAGUUCUUCAUCGAGGUGGAGUGUUUAAAUGUGGAGCCUGUGUUAGGCCCCGCCCCUGAGGGCCUCACUCAACAGCAGGUGGUGAGGAGAUGUAUUCUGGAGUCAAUAUUAGAGAGUGAAAAGAAUUAUUUGGACUCACUGAAGAGAAUAUUAGAGCACUAUGAGAAGCCCCUGCAGGAGCUGGAUCCUGGACUGCUGAGCGACAGGAAGUGUAAGGUGGUGUUUUACCGCGUGAGGGAGAUCCUGCAGUGUCAUGCCAUGUUCCAGAUCGCUCUGGCCAGCCGUGUGGCAGACUGGGACCAGCUCCAGACUAUCGGGGACGUGUUCGUCGCCUCAUUCUCCAAGUCCAUGGUUCUGGAUGCGUACAGCGAGUACGUUAAUAACUUCAGCACGGCCAUGGCGGUGGUGAAGAAGGCCUGCGCCGCCAAGCCCGGCUUCCUCGACUUCCUCAAGCAACGUCAGGAGUGCAGUCGAGAUCACGUCACACUGUACGGCCUCAUGAUGAAACCCAUCCAGAGAUUCCCACAGUUUAUUCUGCUCCUGCAGGACAUGCUAAAGAACACUCCAGUGGGCCACGCUGACCGCUUGCCCCUACAGAUGGCCCUGACUGAGCUGGAAACUCUGUCUGAGAAACUGAACGAGAGAAAGAGAGAAGCAGAUCAGCGCUGUGAGAUCAGACACAUUGCCAAGGCCAUGAACGAGCGCUACCUUAAAAAGCUCCUGAGUGUGGGCAGCAGGUAUCUGAUCCGCUCGGACGACGUGGUGGAGACGGUGUACAACGAGAGGGGAGAGAUCAUCAAGACCAAAGAGCGCCGUCUUUUCCUGCUUAAUGACGUGCUCAUGUGCGCCACACCUAACCUGCGGUCUCCUCAGGACGGCGGGGGUGCCGUCGUUCCUUCAGGCCAACGUUUCCUGCUGAAGUGGAGCGUUCCUCUCAGCCUGGUGGAACUGGUGGAGUUCGGUGCCUCUGAGGAGAUGGGAGACUCCGCCCCUUUCCCCGCCCCUCACUCCGGGGAGAAGGUGGUCAUCAAUGCCAUGCCAAGUAGGUCAUGAUUGGAUUGAUAAAUAUCUGAUUCAGUUUUCUUCCAGGCGAGGAUCUGAGAGACGCCCCAGGUACGUCCCAAAUCGCGUCAUCACGCACGUGAGACGUUCUGCGGCGUAAACAGUGGGAGACGAUGAAGAAGAUGAAGAAGGAGCUGAUGGAGAAAUUCACUUCAAGAACCUGAACAAAAAAAAAAACAGAGUGAGAAAGAGUGACGGAAUGGGG